UAUCGGUUCAUUGAUGCCGGGACUUCCUGCAGCUGACCGGGAGGAAACAAAACAGACUGCAGGGUACCGGAGACCGGACGUGAGUGCCAGCAGCAGGAGCAGGUGGUCAUCAGCCCAGCUCCGCACAGAUGAGGACGUAGACUCCCGGUGUCGUGCUCUGAAUGAGGACCGAGUGUAAGAGCUUGCUGCAUCUCGCAGCUGAAGCUUUCCAGUCGAAAAACUUCGACCUGGCGGCGGAUAUUUACGAGUGCCAGCUGGCGGGUGUGGGGGACUCGGGGAGCCGGCUGGAGCUGAUGGCGAAGCGGGCGGACGCGCUCGCGUUCGGGGGCAGGAUCACCGAAGCUUUAGAGGUGUACCGACGAGCCUCGGAGAUAGAGCAACUUAGACCAGUUCACCUGUCCAACCUCAUAGAGUACCUGUCGGACAGCAUCCGGAGACGUGACCGGGGCGAGAGUCAGAGCAGCCGCUGGAGGAGGAAGGGAGAGGAGCGGGGCGGGAGCCCGGCGGCAGGUGCUACAGGCAGCGGGUUCGAGGACUUCUCCUGCGGGAUAUGUCUGAGCUUCCUGCUGGAGCCCGUGACUCUGCCCUGCGGGCACAGCUUCUGUAAGAGAUGCCUGGAGAGGGAGAGGAAGGAGAAGGAGCGGCCGGUGAUGUGUAAGGAGUGCAGGGGCAGCUCCACGGUGGAUGACGUGCAGAGUUACCGGGUCAACGUGGUGCUCAGCAACCUGCUGGCCAAGUGGUUCCCCGCCUGGCACCAUGCCGGCCGGCUGAGGCGAGAGGGCAACGGGCUGUACGCCGAGAGGAGGAUGGAGGCUGCGCUGGACAAAUACAACCAAGCCAUUCAGAUAGCUCCUACCGACCACAUCCUGUUCAGUAACCGCUCUCAGAUCCACUCCAGCCUGAGGAACCAUGAAAAAGCUCUGAGGGAUGCCGAGUUGGCCUGCAGCCUGAUGCCCCUCUGGUCCAAGGGACACAUUCGUAAGGCCCAGGCCUUGGUGUCACUGGGCAGGACGGAGGAGGCUCUGAGGGAGUACCUGGUCUGUCUGUCCAUAGAGCCGGACUGCAGGUUGGCCAAGAGCGAGGCUCACAAGUUGCUGAGUGAAAUCCUGUUUCCAGCCACCGACCCAGUCCCUGAACACAUCUCAGACCGCUCAAACGUCCACUCUUCCAAAAACAGCGUCCGUGCUCCCGUCCAGACUUUUCCUCCUGGCUUUUUGUCUUCGGCGUCCUCUCUCUCUUUACCCGAGAGGUCAGAGGGUUGUUUCGGAGACGCCAAAGCUGAGAAGAUCCACGACUGUCUCCUCAAACGGAAAUGGACGUCUGAGGAAGAUGAAAACAAGGAGAGCAACGGGGAGCAGAAGAAGCCAAGGCCUGAGACGGUACAAGGGACAGAUCUGAGAUCUGUAUCUGGUGACCUCCUGGACCCGACGGAGCUGGAAUGUUCUCUGUGCAUGAGACUUUUCUACGAGCCGGUGACAACACCCUGCGGUCACACUUUCUGUCUUCGGUGUCUGGAGAGAUGUUUGGACCAUAAUCCAAAAUGUCCUCUCUGUAAGGAGGAACUGUCCGAGUACCUAGUCCAGAGGCAGUACUGUAAGACGGUCUCAACGGAGAGGCUGAUAUCCAAGUAUCUUCCUACGGAGUUCACGGAAAGACAGAGGAUCCACCUGGAGGAGAUGGCAGAGCUCUCAAACCUUAACAAGAACAUGCCUAUAUUCGUGUGCACCAUGGCCUUCCCCACUGUGCCCUGUCCGCUGCAUAUUUUCGAGCCCUGCUACAGGCUGAUGGUUCGCAGGUGCAUGGAGGCGGGAACCAACUGCUUUGGCAUGUGUCUGGGAGACAACGUCAAAGGCUUUGCUGAUUACGGGUGUCUGUUGGAGAUCCGGGAUGUAAAGUUCUUCUCUGACGGACGUUCGGUGGUGGACACGACGGGUGGACGGAGGUUUAAGGUCAUUCAGCACCGCGAGAGGGAUGGCUACAACACAGCUGAUAUCGAGUACCUGGAGGAUGUCAAGGUGGAGGGUGAGGCUGAGCGGGAGCUGCAGUGUCUACACGACGGCGUGUACGAACAGGCUCUGGUUUGGGUCAACUCUCUGAAAGCUGAGCAGAAGGAACGCAUUGAAGGACACUUUGGACCCAUGCCCCAGAAAGACUCGGAUCUCCAGGCCAGUCCCAACGGCCCAUCCUGGUGUUGGUGGUUACUAGCCGUUCUUCCUCUGGAGGGCCGAGCCCAGCUGCCGUUCCUCGCCCUCACCUCUCUGAAGGAUCGCCUCAGUGGCAUCCGCAAGGUGCUGCUCUUCAUGACGCAGAGCAAGGUGCGGUGAUGAGGAAACCACACCGUCGCUCACAAGCGCCGAGCAGCUGCUGACUCGCUCUUCCUUCUGAUGCACUGUGUGAAGAAACCAAUAAAUGAGAGAACGAGUGUGUGUUCAGGUUGUUAUGGUGUGUGUGUGUGUGUGUGUGUGGGGGGGGGGGGGGGGGCAUGCAGACCUGAGAUUGUUCAGACAGCAGAAAAAUCAGAUUACUAUUGUUGUCAAAUCAGCGUUUGUGCACGUGAUGUCCUCACAAAGUUCAUCACCGUCUUCAGCCGUCCUGACUUUCCUGUUGCUCCUCAUUCAUUUCAUUUUGCCUGUUGGUAGCACUACUGCCUCACAGCAGGAAGGUUGCUGGUUUGAAUCCCACAUGUAUGCGUGGGUUUCCUCCCACAGGCCAAAAACACGCAUGUCAGGUGAACAGAGACUCUGUCCCCGCCCACGCCACUUCCCAGUGACCCUAUGUUUAGAAGACAAGUGAGUUUAACCAGAGCAAAGACAGAAACGUCACCUGGUACCGUCCCACCAUAUAUGGAACUUCCUGUUGGAAGGUAGCUACAGAUCACAAUCUCUUUCUUCAUCUGCUCAGUGAAACCCCUCUUCUCCAGAAAUGAUCUCUCCUUUUUUUAAAUAAAGUUUUGAAUGACUCUGAAGGCGGUCUGUGGAGUAAAUGAUGUCAGAUGAACCCGAGUCUUCCAGCUUUUAUGGCUCCGCCUCCUCCUGCUCCUCCAUCUUUACACGAAAGCACAUGUUGUUUUUCAUGUUCUAAAUACUUUGUUUAUUUGGUUGUUAUUUAUGCAUGUGGUAACAUUGUUUACAUUACAAUGAAAACAACUGAAAGCUGUUCGCUGACCCUUGACCCCACCUAUUAGGAUACAUACUUUAUUUUUUGAUUGCGUCUCUAAGGUUUUGCAUUGGCCCUAUUCUAUGUGGGUUUUCAGCAGCUUCCCUAAGACAAAACAACUGUGGAAUCAUUCCCAUCGAGUGUUUGGAUUUUCUGUCAGUACUCCUGUGUUUCCCGUGUGUGUGUGUGUGUGUCGCAGCAGGCCUGACGGAGGCCAGUGCCUUCUAUCCACGCACAAACAUGGAGUGGAUAAACCCUCGUUUGUCUGUCUUUAAUGGUAGCAUUUCAUUUGAAACACUUUUCUUUCAUUGCAAGACUUCUUAAAAGAAGAAACCUCAAAACACAUUUUGGAGAUAAUGUUGUUUAUUGGAACUGAGGCCUUGCUGACGCGACUGACUGGGUGGUUUUUCAUGUAGCAAAGGCUAAUUAAAAUGUUUCAACAAUGAUCGCUAAGCUUUAUCUUUAAAAUGGUUUAUUUUGUAUACAAAGUUUUGAUUUUUACAUGUUUUUAUGUUGUUUAGAUUUUUUCACUAACUGGUGGGCAGACCUUCUCAUGAUCACCUACGGUGUUAUUUUGUGCAGGGCCAAAGGUGUGCUGCGUUGGAAGCUGUAGAAACAGUAAUGCUGAUAUUUUAUCAUCGUGACACAAACUGUAACACAACACCUGUACUGUUAACAGCUCCUGAGUACUAAAUGACUGUGCCCUGUGAUCUUUUUUAAUGUUAUUUAUGGAAACAGAAAGGUCUGAUUGUUAGCUAAACCUGUACAGCUAAGAGAUUAGCCGUCUGCUACAUGCUAGCUAUAACAACAUCUGUAAAAAAUAUGUUUUCUCAUUUAUGUAAACAGAUGGAAGUCAAAGGGAAAAUAAAAUUGAUCAAGGA